CGGAUAACCAACUUCCAAAUAUAAACUAUUUUGCAUCUAAAAUUCUUUGAAUGCAAACUAAUUUUCCCAGAGAUUGAGAUUGGAAAGAACCCCCCCCCCCCUUUCCUUUUCUCCCAAAACACGAACAUGUAAGUUCUGUUUUGGGAGAUUCUUGAUUUUCCAAGAACUUUUCAAUUUCAAAUGUUGGAGAGGAUUUUGAAUUGAAAAAACAAAUCCUUUUUUAUUCAAUUUUCCUUUUGUUUGGAAUUUGAAAAGCCUGGGACAAUAUGGCUAUGGAAGUGGAAGAGACAGUUAAAGGAACAGAAGGAGAAAACCCAGAAAUUGAAUCAAAUCACCAACUACCAAGAGACAAGGGAAAUGAAACAGAAGAAAAGAACCCAGAAAUUGAAUCAAAUCAACCACCAAGAGGUGUGUUGGAGAAUCCUGAACUGGGAUCAGACUCCGACAACAGCGCCACCCCCACAAGGACCACCAGCAAGGGAGGCGGCAAUGAUAGCUCCGAUCCUCAAAAACCAGUUUUGCAAAAAUGGGCCGAUAGUUUUCAGUGGAAGAGUGUAAUCGGAUCAAUUAAGAGGAAAUCAGCCAGAAGUAUAUCUGUGAUUCCUUUGCUAACAAAACUUUCAAAACGCCAUGGCUCUUACGGAGAUGAAGAGCUUGAUUGCAUGCCAUUGCUUAAAGCUUCAUGGAAGAACUUUUCUUACUUAGAGCUUGCUAAUGCUACUGAUAAUUUCAGUCCUGAGAAUUUGCUCGGAAGGGGAGGCCAUGCAUUAGUAUACAAAGGGCAUUUAUCUGAUGGUCAAAUUGUUGCGGUGAAGAAGAUGGUGAGUAAUGGUGAAGAUGAGGAUCUAGCUGGAAAUUUCUUGACAGAGCUUGGGAUUAUUGCUCACAUCAAUCACCCGAAUGCAGCUCACUUGAUCGGAUUCAGUGUUGAUUGCGGCUUACAUUUAGUCCUUGAGUUUUCUCCUUUUGGCAGCCUUACUUCCAUGCUUUUUUAUUCAAAACAGUGUUUAGAUUGGAAAACAAGGUUUAAGGUUGCUGUUGGCAUAUCAGAAGGAUUGAAAUAUCUCCAUCAUGACUGCCAUCGGCGGAUUAUACACCGUGACAUCACUGCUUCGAACAUAUUGCUCACUGAAGAUUACGAAGCUCAGAUUUCAGAUUUCGGUCUCGCAAAAUGGCUUCCGGACAAAUGGGCUCACCAUAUUGUUCAUCCCAUUGAAGGAACAUUCGGUUAUCUAGCUCCAGAGUAUUUUAUGCACGGGAUCGUUGAUGAAAAGACCGAUGUUUUCGCAUUCGGAGUUCUAUUACUGGAGAUAGUAACAGGUCGCCGUGCAGUUGACAAGUCCAAACAAAGUCUUGUAAUAUGGGCAAGACCAUUUCUGGAAUCAAAUCAAGUAAAGGAAUUGGUCGAUCCUCGGCUCAAAGAUGAUUAUAAUCCGAGCGAACUGCAACGAACAUUGUUAACAGCUUCAAUGUGCUUAAGUCACUUACCCACCAACCGUCCAACCAUGACAAAGGUUGUAAAGAUGCUUAAGAACGAAGAUGGUCCAAUUGAGUUUCACCAAAUAUCUUGUGGAAGGAAAGCAGUGAUUUUUGACGGCUAUGAUUUGAAAGAUUCUAGUUGUAAAAACUAUCUACAUACCAUGCGUCCAACAUAAUUUUGUAUUUGGAAAACCGUAUCCAUAUAUUUACGUUCGAAUAUAUUCGGACACUGUAUCUAUACGGAGCGAGGCAUGGUGUUGCAGGAUUGGAACAAAUAGAGCCGCCUUGCAUGGUGUUUGUUGAUAAAUUCCACGUGAUUUGGGUUAUUUUUCUUCAGCUUUUCAACUUCCUAUUCUUUCGUUGAAUUUUAGAUAUUCUUUUGUUUAUUUACCAAAAGCCAAUAAAUAAACAUUCUUUU